AUGGAGAACCUGGAGGAGCCGGAGAGCUUCGAGGUUUCUGUCCAGCAGCUCAACGACCUGCUGAUGGACCACAGAGGCUUGUUCAUCCGGCCCAGCACCGACUGGGACCAGGUCCAUCCUGGGAUCUGUGUCGGUAAUGAGUCUGUGGCGUGGAACAAGAAGCGGCUGAAGCGUCUGGGCGCCACCCACAUCCUGAACGCGGCGGAGGGGAACUCCUUCAUGCACGUCAACACCAACGCCGAGUUCUACGCCGGCACCGGCUUCGUCUACCACGGGAUCCCAGCCAGUGACUUCGACCACUUCGACAUCAGCGUUUACUUCCAGGAGGCGGCAGACUUCAUCGGGAAGGCGCUGGCGUACAACAAUGGAAAAGGCAAAGUGUACGUUCACUGCAGGGAAGGCUACAGCCGCUCGCCAACCUUGGUCAUUGCCUUUCUGAUGCUUCGCCACAACAUGGACGUCCACUCGGCCGUGGCCACGGUGCGGCGGAGCAGAGACAUCGGACCCAACGACGGCUUCCUGCUGCAGCUCUGUCGACUGAACCGGAGGCUGAAGGCCGAGAGGGAGUCCUGUGACCAGUGA